GAGAGAGAGCGAGAGAGAGUGAGCUGAAGUGAGAGAUGGUAACCGCGGAGGACGGAAUAUCCACUUGAUGGGAGACCAGCUAGUCGCUUUUCUUUCUCGGGAGCAGCGGGAUACGUCUGUGUGCACACGAGUGUAUGGAGUAGACUCCAUGCAUGCUUUCAGACCAUUUUUCUUCCGUUACUUCAACGCGUGUUUGUCUUCAUCUGUAUAAGUCAGACAGGGGGCUUUUUGUUGUUGCGGAGCGCAUCCCAAGCGUGGAACUGAACUGGAACAAUCUCUCUUCAAAGUGCAAAUACACUUUUCCCCGUGGACCUAAAGCGUGUCUUUUUCUGAAAUGCUCGUCGGAAGGAAGUCGUGUUGGAGGCAGUUGCAGGCGUCUUUUUUCAGGCUACUUUGUCUUAUUCCCACAGGAUUCCCCGUCCGGAGUGUGGAUAUGCAACGCCCGACCGACAACGUUACCGUACGUCAGGGUGAUACAGCCGUAAUCAGGUGCUACGUGGACGACAAGGUGUCCAAGGUGGCCUGGCUGAACCGCUCCAACAUCAUCUUCGCGGGCCGGGACAAGUGGUCCCUGGACCCGCGCGUGGAGCUGGUCACCAAGGGCCAGCUGGAGUACAGCCUGCGCAUCCAGAAGGUGGACGUGUGGGACGAGGGCCAGUACACCUGCUCCAUCCAGACCAAGGAGAGGGCCCGCACCUCACAGGUCUUCCUCAUCGUGCAAGUUCCGGCCAACAUCUAUCAAGUGUCGGAGGACAUCACCAUCAACGAGGGGAGUAACAUGACGUUGACCUGUCUGGCCAAUGGGAGACCGGACCCUAUGAUUACCUGGCGACUCCUAAACCCAUCAGCAGAGCCGUUGGAUGGAGAGGAGUAUCUGGAUAUAUCAGGGAUAACGCGGACCCAAGCCGGACGAUACGAAUGCAAAGCCAGCAACGACGUGGCUUCGCCAGAUGUCAAAUACGUCAACGUGGUUGUCAACUAUCCUCCCUUCAUCAAGGAUGCCAAGAGUUCGGACCCGCAGGUGGGCCGCAUGGGUAUCCUGCAGUGCGAGGCCUCCGCCGUCCCCAAGCCCGAGUUCGAGUGGUACCGGGAGGACAAGAGGUUAUCUAAUGGUAACGGUGUGAGUAUCCAGAUGAUGGGCACGCGUACGGUCCUGUUGGUAUCCAACGUGACAGACGAGGACUACGGGAACUACACCUGCGUGGCCACCAACAGGCUGGGCAUCCACAACGCCAGCGUCUUCCUAUACAGACCCGGGACGACCAACAACAUGAGCGGUGCGGUGGCCCUCACCCACUCCCUGUGGCUCCUCCUGGGCUGCCUCUCCUGCCUUCUCCUGAAAUGUUAAUAGAAGAGCAAAAUGAAGACCACCGCUUCAAC